AUGAUGACCGGGAGAAAUGUCGAUUCUCUCCAAAUCUCCUUCUCUCCAGCUGUGACUGUGAGUAACUCCCUUAAGAUGCUUCAGAUUGCUGUUUAUUUGUCAUGUGGUGCCACAGCAUGUUACCUAUGGGGCCGUAGAAUUAAAGGGAAAGCUGACUCUUUUAACAGUAUUACCCGUGUGGUUGACUUCAAAUUGUUAGAUGAUUUGCUUAAAGAGAAAGCCACGAAUCUCCUUGUUGCUGUGUCCGGAAAAGUUGCUUCUGCAACGCCCUUUAACUGCAAACAUGAUAAUGAUUCUUCUGGUGAUGUUUUUGAAGCUAAGUUUGAAAUGGGGUAUGAGACUAAGUUGGACAAUGAUGGUGGUUUGAUAAACAAGUCUCAUAAUUUUCUGUUUCAAAUCAAGGAUACUCCUUGGUAUCUUGAAGACAGUACGGGGGCUCUGGUGAAAGUAGUGAGAGCUGAACUUGCUGAUGGAUAUGUUGAUCUUCUGAAACCGCAAUUUGAUAUGACAUUGUCAAUUAAUGAAAUCUUUCAGAGGUUUGAAAACCCCCAAGAAGGCUCUAAGGUGAUCUGUCGGGGUGCUCUUGAUACUGGUACCUCCUUAACUAUUGUUGGCGAGGCUGUUAGAGACGAAGCUGGUAAUCUCAUGAUUCAAAAACCUAAGGAACAGUCUUUUAGGAUCUUCAAUGGAGAAGGCUCAUUUGAUAAAAUGGUUGCCAACUUGAAGUCAAAUUCAGAGUUUUAUUUUUUCUACUCCAAGAUCUUUGGAACUAUUGCUGUGGCUAUAGCCGUCAUGAAAGGUGUGACUUUCAUAAGAAAGGUUCUACGUGAGAGAUCAGAGACUACUGAUUCAGACAGUGAAGACACCAUUUAA